AUGGGCGCCUGGGGACGAUCGCGGCUAUGGAUGAGGUGCCUCUUUCAAAGGUGCCAGGUUGCCGGCAUUGCCCACGUACCUGCUUUAGCCCGGCCAGCCCUCGAAAGAUGGGACGUCCGACCGCUUGCCGCGGUGUUGACGCUAGCGCUGACGGCAGAGCAGGCGCGGCGUGCGCAGGGCAAGGUAGGCUGUGCCUCCACCCAGCGCAUCAGCCUCGGCCAAGUCACAGAGUUCGAGGAGGCCAGUAUGCGGGAGGUGAAGAUGGAGGGAGGUGGAGCCGUGUUGGUUCACCGACAUCAGGGCGAGUUUUUCGUGACCUCGCCGGCCUGCGCCCAUUACGGGGCCCCGCUCAGGAAGGGCAUCAGCUCUGCCGGAGGUCGUGGUGGGCCGCCCACCGUCACCUGCCCACUGCAUGAUGCCACCUUCGACCUGAGAACUGGUCAGGUUGUCAGAGGACCCAGUGUGGAUGGCAUCGCAGUCUACAAGUCUGAGGUGAAGAACGGUGUCCUGUACGCAGACAUCCCGCCCGAGCUGGUUGCUGGAACCGGCAAGCACCCAAAGGUUUUGAAGCAAAUGACGAAGCGUACGUCAGCCGACCAGCGGGUGUUUGCAUUGCUCGGCGGCGGCCCAGCCUCGUUGGCUGCUGCUGAAACUUUGCGUCAGGAGGGCUUUGUGGGUCGCAUUGUCAUGCUCACUCGCGAGCCCCACUUGCCAUACGACCGUGUGCAACUUUCCAAAGCGCUGGACAAGCCAGUAGAGAAGCUUCUACUUCGGCCAGAGGGUUUCUACAAGGACUACGACAUCGAAGUCGUGCGGAACGCGUGUGUCACAAAGUUGGAUACCAAAACGCAGACCGUGCACUACACCAGCGGGGAUGCGCAGAAGGAGACUGUGCAUUUCGACAAAGUUUUGGUUGCCACAGGGGGUACGCCCCGCAAGCUCUUCGUGCCGGGUUCCGACUUGAAGAAUAUCUUCACGCUGAGGACUCCUGAAGAUGCCGCGAAGAUCGCCCAGCUGGCCAAAAAGGGCCAAAAGAUGAUUGUUGUAGGUGGCUCCUUCAUUGGCAUGGAAGUGGCGUCAUCGCUGGCUAAAAAAGGUUGCGAUGUGGCAGUGAUUGCUAUGGAGACGGUGCCCUUCGAGCGCGUGUUGGGCAAGAAAGUCGGAGCAUCCUUCGCGCGGAAGUUGCAGAAAGAAGGGGUGGAGUGGUUCGGCACAUCGCAGGUUCGCCUCUUCCGCGGCAAUGAAGCCGUGAACGGGGUGGAGCUGGAAGAUGGCGAGGUGCUGCCGGCAGACGCUGUGGUGGUUGGCGCAGGGGUGCUCCCGAACACCCGCUUCAUUGAGGGCCUGUCGCUGGACAAGAACGGGGCCAUCAUCGUGAACCCGCUUCUGCAGGCAGAGGCUUGCGAGAACCUCUUUGCAGCAGGCGAUGUCUGCGCUUAUCCUGCCGUUCGCACCGGGCAACGGGUGCGAAUUGAGCACUGGGAUGUUGCAACCCAGCAGGGCCGUGUGGCAGCGCAGAACAUGCUCGGGAAGUUCCAGCCCUUCACCACCACGCCUUUCUUUUGGUCAGGCCUGUUCGGGAACCUGAACCUCCGAUUUGUCGGGCAUGCGCCCGAAGCACUGGACCGCGUCAUCAUCGAAGGAGACGUGAGCAAUAUGGAGUUCAUCUCGUACUACACGGAAGAUGAUGAGAUCCGCGCCGUAGCAACUGUGAACAAGGAUCCUGUGGCCGUCGCCUGUGCCGAACUCAUGCGGCGUGGGCAGAUGCCGCGGGUGGCAGAGCUCAUGCUCGGCACAGUCAAUGCGGAAGUGCUGCUGCAGCGCCUCCGUGAUCUCAGUAAGGCACCAGCCCGCUGA